UGAAUCCAUCCAUGGGUUUGAGUUGAAUAGAUAUAGAUUGGUCGCAUCCUCCCCAAUUUUAACGCAUGCGCGAUAUCCUUCCUUCCUUCUUCUUCGGUGUUUAACCAAACGAUGGCUGCUGCUGCUGCAUUCAAUGUUACUACAACACCGCCACUUUUCUCACUGUCAAAUGUUGUUGCUCUGAACCCUAACCCUAGAAGAAGUAUUUCCGUCGGGGUGGUUAGGUCCCGAGGUGGGGGUGUGAAACUAGCAGUAGCAGUACGACGACAAGUGAAAGUGAGGGCAGUGGAAAGUGGUAGUAGUUCAGAGGAGAAAGUAAUAGUACAGUCAAAAGUGACUCACAAAGUAUUCUUUGAUGUUAGUAUUGGAAAUCCAGUUGGGAAGCUGGUUGGAAGGAUUGUGAUAGGACUCUUUGGUGAUGAUGUCCCACAAACUGUUGAGAACUUCCGUGCCCUUUCCACCGGUGAGAAGGGCUUUGGCUACAAGUCCUCCACCUUCCAUCGCGUCAUCAAGGACUUCAUGAUUCAAGGAGGAGACUUUGAUAAAGGAAAUGGAACUGGAGGCAAAAGUAUCUAUGGUCGUACUUUCAAAGAUGAGAAUUUUAAUCUGUCUCAUACCGGACCAGGAGCUGUUAGCAUGGCAAAUGCUGGUCCCAACACCAAUGGGAGUCAGUUUUUCAUAUGCACUGUCAAGACGCCGUGGCUGGAUCAGAGGCAUGUUGUAUUCGGCCAAGUUUUGGAAGGCAUGGACAUUGUUAGGUUGAUUGAAUCACAGGAGACUGAUCGUGGUGAUCGUCCCCUAAAGAAGGUGACAAUCAGUGACUGUGGCGAGCUUCCAAUUGCUUGACAUGUUUUGUCUUCUCAUGGCUUCUCUUUGCUUGUUGCUGCUGAGGAUAAAAAGAAGCUACCGCUCUCUCGAAUUUUUGUUUGACUGUUCUAAAUGAGUUCAGUACCUCUCUUAUUUUCAUACUAGGACCCUACAAACUCUUACCAACUAUUUGUAUUCUAGUAGAAAUAUAGUUGGAAUUAGUAUCAUAUUGGGAGAUUUCAGAUUCUAUAUGAGUAGAGUAUCCUUAAGUUAGGUCUAAAUGCAGAUUCCAUAUGAGGGAACUCUAGCAGUCAUCUUCUAACCGCUGGGUCAAAUUUAAUAACAUUGUGAAUGAGUUGUCUCUGAUAUUCUGUGAGUGAUUCUAUCACUUAUUUCCUGAUCCAUUGAGAAUGUUCUAGAAGAUUUGGAAUGAACUUCCUCUUGCUCUUUCCA